CGCGUGACGGGUAGCGACCGACGCACAGGCACAGCCAGAAAGUUGCAAGCGAGCAAAAACGAACCCCACUUCGACGGCCGACUACCGCUGACCGCCGCCUUGAUCUGCUUCCGGCGCCACUACGCCGGCCAUGGGCUGCUCGUCUUCUCUGCCAGCAAACAGUACUGGAGGCUUGGGCAAUAUCAACAACGAGAACUCUGCAACUGACUCAAAGAAUUUGAAAGUGAAGUUGGUUUUACUGGGGGAUUCUGGUGUUGGGAAAAGCUGCAUUGUUCUUCGCUUUGUCCGUGGUCAGUUUGAUCCCACAUCAAAGGUAACUAUUGGUGCAUCAUUUCUGUCACAAACAUUGGCAUUGGAGGACUCCACAACAGUGAAGUUUGAAAUAUGGGACACUGCUGGCCAGGAGAGGUAUGCUGCAUUAGCACCUCUGUACUACAGGGGAGCUGGUGCUGCAAUCGUUGUCUAUGACAUAACAAGUGCAGAAUCAUUCAACAAAGCACAAUAUUGGGUGAAGGAACUUCAGAAACACGGUAGCCAGGAUAUGAUCAUGGCUUUGGUUGGAAAUAAGGCUGACCUAGAUGAAAAACGCAUUGUGUCUUCUCAGGAAGCACAGGAGCACGCAGACAUGAGCAAUAUGUUUUUCCUUGAGACAUCGGCGAAGACAGCUGAUAAUAUAAACCAACUAUUCGAGGAAAUUGCCAAGAGGCUGCCAAGGUCUACACCACCGUCCUGAUUAACAUCGGUCUGUGUCGUAAACAACCUGAGUGAUUGUGUAACUCACAAUAUGAGUAGAAACGCCUGGACGAACAUUUGUGGCUGUUUCAACAUGCCAGGUCAAGCCAUCUGUAUCUCUGCGAGCAUACCAUUGUUUUUGGAAACAUAGCUCAUGUAAAGCUUGUCCAUUGCGCUAAUUCUGUCGAAAUGGUGGGGGUAUUCUGCUCCCAGCACGGGUAAGUUAAAUGAAGCUUAUGGCCGUGCUCUAACGCAUGGAUGUUCAGCAAGUAUGAUAAUAUGGUUGAGACUGAAACAUCUUACUAUCAAUGCAGUGCAUUGUUUUUAGGUUCGGUUUGACUCGCCUGUUGAGCCGCCAUUGACUGUACUGUACUGUACUGGAAGGGUUCAUUGCUGUCACUGUUGUGGAUGAUUAAUUUGAUUAGAUUACUACUAGUACUAGUAGUUAAUAAUGAUAGCAGUUUUGCUGAUCAA